CCUCCCCUCUCUCCCAUGUUUCCUGACCCACACACACAUCAUGGGCUGGUAACAAACAUAAGGUUAACCUAGGGCUUGGUUUGCUCUUUUAACAGCCUAGCUUUGUUUUUUCCCCCUUCCUGCUGGUACUUGGUCCCAGCUGGAAGUGUAUAGUUUUUAUCCUAUGUCACUUUAAGCAACAGGUGCCAUUUUUGUCUACUUCCUUGUAGGGGGCCCUGACACAAGCGCAAGUUUUAUUGGGACUCUAACAGGAAAGGCACAGAGAGCCACUGUGGUGCUUUCGAUCGGAAAAACUAUUCUGGACCGGGGGAACUGAGUCUUGAGAUUGUGUUUUCAGCCUGUUAGUGCAUGCAAGAGAUGGAAGCACGGUCCUCCACCACUACGACUACCAUAGUCGAGACUAAGAAUGACCUGAGUGCAAAUCCCACACGUUCGUCAAAACGCACCUUAACCGAUGACCUGCACACUACGUUCAGCUCCCCCAUGGCUUGGAUCCUCGUGCUGGCCCUCAUCGUAACCUGGUCAGCUGUGGCGGUCAUUAUGUUUGACCUGCUCGACAGCAAGGGUCUUGAAGCCCAUACAUUAUACUGUGACGACCCCUGUUUACCACCUGGACCUCAGCCACACCGUGUCAGGAAAACAUUUAAGGAAGCAGGCAGCCUUAGAGGGGGUAUUCAGCACAUCAGCUCUGAUCCCAUGAAGGCGGUGAAUGAAGCCAUGGACGACACAAGCGAUUGGAUAACAUCGAUCUUGACUUUUAUGACUAAUUUGGUAGCACCGGAAGAGGAGGAGGAAGGUGAGCAUCAUUUUGUGAGGAAAAAAGGAGAAUUCUUGCCACCAAGGAAAAAAGUUGCAGAGAUACGGGCCAAGGAGAUGUUACAAGAGGAAGGGGAGUAUGAGGAAGAUGAGGAGGAGGAGGAGGAAGAAGAUGAGGGGCUUGCUGAAGAAGAUGAGGAGGAGGAGGAAGAAGAAGAUGAAGAGUAUGAGGAUGAAGAAGAAGACGAAGAUGGUGAUGAGAUCGAAGAGGAGGAAGAAGAGGAUGAAGAAGAGGAAAAGGGAGAAGAAGAAGAAGAGGAGGAGGAAGCAGCAGCAGCAAAGGAAGCUGUGGAGGAGGAGGGAAUUGAAGAGGAGGGUGAAGAAAAGGAGGAAGAGAAGGCAGAUGCUGAGGAGGAGGAGGAGGAGGAGAAGGAGGAAGAAGUAGCAGCAAAGGAAGCUGUGGAGGAGGAGGGAAAAGAAGAGGAAGAAAGGGAGGAAGAGAAGGCAGAUGCUGAGGAAGAAGCAGAAGAUGAAGAGGAGGAAGCAGCAGCAGAAGAAGCUGUGGGAAAAGGUAAGGAGGAAGAGGAAGCUGAUGCUGAGAAGAAAGAAGAACAGGAAGAGGAAGCUGCUGCUGCUCCUGCUGUCGAAAAGGAAGAUGCUUCUAUCCCUGCUAAACCUUAUGAGGAGAAAGAAGUCACUUCUAAAGAAGCUGAGGCAGCUGAUGAGGAGGAGGAGGACAAAACUGAGGUAGAUAAAGAACCACCUGAGGAAGAAGAUGAAAAAGAAGAUAUUCCUGCUGAUGAUGAAGAGAAAAAAGAAGUAGAUGACAUUACUGAUGAUGACCAAAGUGAGGAGGAAGAUGAUGACGAUGAGGUUGAAGAGGCUGAUAUCGCCAUUGCUCUUGGUAUUGUAGCUGAUGCUGGUGCUACAGUCACUGAUGUUGAAGCGCCAGAAACUGACAUAAGAACCCUGAAAGAAGAAGAGCGGGAUGAAAAGGAUGCAAGCACAGAGGAAGGGGAAACUGCAGAAAAAGCACCAAAACCAGAACCGAUUGCUAAAGCCGAGGAAGUGAAAAAAAAAGAAGUAGAGAAACCUGCGGCAGAGGCUGAAAAAGAAGACAAACAAAAAGAGCCCUCUACCUGUCCUUGUAUGCAUUCAGUAGUACAAAAAGAGCCUCAAAAAGCCCAAGACACUAAACCAAAGGAAGAAAAAGCUGAACCUGAUAAAGUAAAGAAAAGAGCUAAAAGAGUCACCCUUGAGCACAAGAAAGCAGAGACUAAGAGAAGGGAACCCCUGCUUAAACAGAGAAAAGAAAAAGAGGCUGCAAGAAGAACAAGACUAGAGAAAGCAAAGAAAGCUCCAAAAGCUAAGGCAGCGGCUGUCAACAUACCCAAAACCAGAAGAUCCCGAGCCUCAGAGGACAUGGAAGUGUCAGCUGCUCCAGCUCCGAUACAGGAUCUUCCUAUGUGCCGACCAACACCUGUGUACUGCCCAGCGCCACCUGGCUGGUAUGUGCAUCAUAUAGUUACAAGUAGCCCAUUACCACCCUCGGCUAUUCCAGAAUCAGAAGUUCCGAUUUUAACAACUCAUCAAGCUCCUAGUUUACUGAAAGAACCAGAAGCUGCUAAGGCAAAGCCAAAACAAGCCACGAAAAAGAAAGAACCAGCUGCGCCAAAAGAAAAAGCCAAAGCAGCUCCUGCGAAGAAGGAGCCCACAGUUACUAAAGCCAAAGUAAAAUCUGCCGUGGCAAAGAAAGGUCCGAUUGCUGUGAAAGAGAGGUCUAAAAGGACAGAGCGAGUGAUCACUAAAGAAAAGGCGAAACCUACCUCUACUAAGAAAGAGCCAGCAGUAACAAAGAAAGCAAAAGUAACAAGAACCUCACAUAAAGAAGAAGAGAAAGCUGUAAAGGAAGUGAAGUCCAAAGCAGAGGUCAAGAAAAAGGCUGCAUCAACACCAAAAGCCAAACAAGCUACUAAAGUUGUGGCGAAACCUGUUCCAGAUGAGAAGAAAACGGCAGAAGAAACCAAAGAGAAAGCAGCCGAGGCACCAGCACCAGCAAAAGACCUGAAAGCAGAGGAAAAUGUCACAGAAGGCAAAAAGCCAGGCAAGAUACCGUACUUCCAGUGUGUUUUAAUGAGUUCAAAAUCCAGCCAGUAUCCACUGCGGCCCAUGUCCCCUGCUAUGAGUCCAGCUAUUAACCCCACCAUGAUGAGAGCCAUGAUGGAGCAGAGGGCCGCAUUACUGCAGCAGAAAGCCCGUGCAGCUGGCCAGUAACUGGACGACAGACCCCGUCCGGCCCUGGCAGGUGCAAACUGCUUAUGAACUUCUAUAAAAACAUAGUGCUGCUGAUCUUCAGAAACCAUCAGAAACCUUAACAAAUAAUGAGUGGAGAUCCCUGGUUUCUCAAUGGACGCUCUCCAUUCUUUCAUAAGAAUCUGACCAUUUUCUCAAUUUUGACAAAAAAGAGAUAUAAAUCGAUUACAGUGUACAGUUUGAAAUAUAUUUAAUGCAUAAACACCUGCCAAAGAAAUAUUGUGUUACUGGGUAGAUUAACUUUUUUUAUUUCUUUGAGCUCUUAAAUCAUCUGUUUACAUUUUUUUGCAGGGAAGAUUCUGUUGUUGAUGUUUUUCUUUCUUAUUGUACAUAAGACUACUCAGCGGUGAAGCAAAUUUCAACCUGGUUAAAUAAUUUAAGUGUUGCUCUAAAUAUUCAGAUAUUUAUUUUUCUAUGUCAGAGUGUAUGAUCCCAUUACGGAAAGAAAUCUAGCAGCACACACUCACUAAGGGCCUUAUCUUUUGGCCCAGGCCAUUUCCUUUGACUCGCUGUUAAUAAGAUUAUGUGUGGUGUGUCUGGGUUCUAGCAGGGUCUGCGAUCUCUCUGCAUUUGUAUGCAUGGCCAUUAGAAAACAGGAGGACGCCAUUUGGACUGAUUCUGAUUUCUAUCUUAACCGAUGAAAAGAGCUUACAUGCUUAUAGAAAUGAAAGAGACGUUAAGAAAUGAAGGCACACAAAAUCCUAUAGCCUCUAAAUAAUGAAAGGCUUUCAUUUUACUUGAUUGAGACUUUUCUUGAGUAUCUCUUUAGUUAAUUGAAACCCCUUAUUUGAGGUUAUUAGAUUUAGUGAAUUGAACAGUGUAUGAAUAUGUCAAUUCAAAGUGUUCAAGUAGCAAUUGUGCUACCUGUGUAAAGUAUACAGUAAUACAGUGUUUUACAGUGUUUGUCCAGCAUGUUUUCUCAGUUUUUCUAGAUCAGCGGUCUUCAGCCUUUUUCAAACCAAACCCUUUGCAUAAACAAACAUUAGCUGCAUUUUAUGCCUGCUCAACGCUGUCUCACGACCAAUUCGUACUUAUUUUACAAGGUGGCUUAUUUGUACGAAUUUGUACGACCUCACUCGUACGAUUUUAUACGAUUUGUCUAAACCCCAGUGAUGGUUAGGUUUAGGGGCGGGGUUAGGUGUAGGUCAUUCGUACAAAUUCAUACGAAUUUUGCAACUCGUAAAAUACGUACAAUUUGGCAAAAAUCGUAUAAAUUCGUAUGAGGGUGGUCGUACGAAUUUGUACGAAUAAGCCACCUCGUGAAAAAUUUACAAAUUGCCGUGAGAUCGGGUUGGCCUGUCCUAAAAUAUAAUUCAUAAACCAUGUUCAUGUAUUUAUCAAUUUUUUUUGCUGGAAGAGUCAUGAAGUAAUUAUUACACAGCCCUGUAUCUUGGAGGGAGAAAAAAAAUAAUAUUACUUAUGAUGCUGAGUUCAUUUUCCGUCAACUACAGUUUUUACAGAUUUAACUCCUUUAUGAAAAUAACAAAAGCAUUCAAAUUACAAAAAAAGAAGUAUUCAAAAUUUUGAUUUUUCUCACUAAAUCUGUAUUUUUCUGACACUGUUUAGUAACACACCAAUAGAUGUAGCUGAAAACAUCUGUUCAUGCUUGAAUUUUAUUGGCCAUACUUAAACUUAUAAAACAAUUAUUGAUCAGCACCCCAUUAGUAAGAAACAGGUAUUGUAUUUCAUUCAGCAAAUAUGAUACAAGUCGACAUAAUAUACUGUAAUGCUCUUAAAAAUGAUUAAUAAUCAUUAUUUAAAUUUGCAUAAUAUUUUAAUGUGAGUGACACAAUUAAAUAUUCAUCUUGAUUUUGUUUACCACAUUUCUAUUUAUUUCACACACACAAACACAAAAAUACUGCUUGGCAUUAACAAUAAUUGGCAGACCACUUCCAGUCUCACUGUUGAAGACCUCUGGCCUAGACAGUCACCAAGCUGUGUGGAUUUACUGUAAAAUAAUAAAACAGAUGUAUGUUGUGUAAUAUUUGACUUUACUUUGACCAACAGUGAUUUACAAGAUGGUGAUCUGAGGUCACUGUCCAUUCUUGUUCCUGUAACAUAUUGCACUGUUCAGUGCAAAUAUUGCGGGUAUGACAAUUUGAACCAGAAAUACUUUGUCUUAUUCAAGAACAAACUGAUCUUUAUUUUCAGUGACUUAAGGAUCAGAAUAACCUACAUGUCCUUGAAUGUAUUCUCAUAAUCCACUGUAGUGGACAAAAAAUCUAAAUGACAAGAACGAGAGUGAACAGUCGGCCGCUGUGCUUAUGGGCUACAGAUGGUUAUACUGUAGAAAGACUGUAUAAUAUUUAUGCUGUAGUAACUUCGGCAGAAAGUUUCUCUUUAAUCAGGACAUAGUGAGACAGUUAGCUGUAACUGCUUGACUUUGAACAGAGAAGUAGGCCAGAGAAAUAAUCUCACUUUGAAGUUUUGAAACACAGAGCAGAGAGGACGUCAACUGUACUGUAGAUAUUCCUAAAACAUAUAUAUGAAUGAACAAUAGAAAUAUCAGUGACACUGUCUGAAACGUGCAUAAAAUAGACAACAUUUGUGUCUGACUUUGAGAAAAAUCACUGUCAGUUUACAGCGAUAAUACAAUGUUUACGAGGUGGAACCUCAACUGUUGAUUCUCAGAAGGCUUUGCGCACUAUUAUAGAUGUAUAAAAUUCAUGUUUAGGGCUUAACACUUUGUAUUAAGAGGUGAUAGUGUUUUUUUUUUUCUUUUGGAAUGUGUUUGCUGUUCGCAUGACCCCUGAGAACACUGAAAAUGUCAGUUUCUGAUGUGUUAAAUUAGCUUGUAACACUGAAUUUCAAUAGAGGCUGAUUUGCGCUGAUAAGAUUUGCGCUGAUGACAUGAGGUUAAAAACCUAGAACUUGUCACCCUUUUGAAGCUUUAACACCCUUGUUUAUAAAGCUUAUAAAAGAACAGAUCCGUUUUUCUUUCAUAAAGUAGACAGCUGGGAUUUUGUGGUUUGAUUUAGCAGUUUAAUGUCAAAUUGUGCCAUAAUAUCACAAAGACCUAAUUCGCAGUUUUAAAUAUGUCAAACUGUCAUGUUCUUAUGAAUGUUGAACAGGAUCUGUCAGUAGAACCAAAUGAAGUUUUGACUAGUGUUGUUGUUUUUUCUUUUAUUCACAUCUUAUUGGAUUUUCUCUUGGAGUGGGCAAAAAUUCUGGUAAUAAAGUAAUUUCUUUGUGCAAA